AAUGAAUUCUCGGGUUGUUGAAAGAAUCAUUAAACUGAUGGAGAAGAAUGGAAUAAAAAUUAUUGAAAGAGGAUCAUAUCCUUCGCCAUUUUUUUAUCGAAUAAGAAAAACUGAUCAGGAUGAUAAUAAAUAUAAUCCCUUUCUAAAGUUUGUACACGAUACAUUCUUAAGGGCUAGAAUAUAUGUUAUGUACGGUUUACCCUAUGAAUUUAUGGCUUUAACUAUGGCGCUAUAUACAAAAGGCUUGGCUGAUACUGGAGAAUACUUUGUUGUUGGUGUUACUGAUAAGGAUUUGCAUACUACAGAUCCAACAGCAUACUUUGAGGGUGUAAUUAAUUCCCCUCGAGAUUUCAAUAUCAUAAAAUCUUAUCGGAUAUUUGCUGGUAUCGCUCCUGCCGCUCCAACACGCUGGAAUGAAUUUCAAGGAAGAGUCAACGCUUAUUUAAAAACUUAUCCAUUCAACUAUUCAACAAUUCCAACAGAAGCCGCCUACUUGUACGACGCCGUUAAACUGUAUGCUAUUGCCGCUGAUGCAUUAAUAAAAACUGGAUAUCCUCCAAAUAAUGGAGCAGAAAUCAAAAAUUUCCUUAGAAAUUAUACAAUUAAAAGUAAAAAUGGUCAUCUAUUAAAAUUAGAUGAGAAUGCUAGCGCAGGAGGAAAUUUUACCGUUAUUACUAGGCAUUGCACAAAUUUAAGAGACUCUGAGGAUGAGGAAUGCCAAAACUAUACAAUGAUACCAAUUGGAAACUUCAGGCUCAGUGAUUCCGAAAUUCCAGAUUUCAUGUUAUAUAAUGGAUCGAAGAUUAAUUGGAUAAGGGGAAGGCAACCAAGAGAUGAGCCAAAAUGUGGUUUCGACUUUCAGAAAUGUAGAAAUGACUCUACAAAACUCGAAUAUAUUUUAGGAGGUGUUGCUGGAGGUGUCGCUCUAAUUAGCUCCUUUUUUGCUUAUUUCCUGUACAAAAAAAGAAGAUACGAAAAGGAGCUUGAAAGUUUACUAUGGAAAAUUGAUAUAAAGGAGGUAACUAAGAGAAUGGAAAAUUUCUGCCAGAAUAACAAGCACUGGAAAAGUAGCGUUACUUCACUAACUUCCGCUCUAAGUUUUGAAAUGCGUCAAGUAUUUACCGAAGUCGGUAAAUACAAGGGAACAAUUGUUGCUAUAAAGAAAAUAAAUAAAAGAUGCGUUGAUUUGACAAGAAACGUUAGAAAAGAAUUAAAAGCAAUGAGAGAUCUUCGACACGAUAACAUUAAUCCUUUUAUUGGAGCGAAUGCUGAUCCUGGAAAUGUUUUCGUCUUUACGGAAUAUUGUACAAGAGGAAGCCUUCAGGACAUAUUGGCUAACGAAGAUGUUAAACUAGAUCAAAUUAUUAUUGCUUCUUUAGUUUUUGAUAUAAUUAAGGGAAUAAUAUAUCUUCACGAUUCUGAGAUUAAAAGUCACGGCAAGUUAAAGACUUCAAAUUGUUUGGUUGAUAGUAGAUGGGUUGUUAAAUUAACGGAUUUUGGUUUAUGGGAUUUUAAGAAAUGUGAUGAAGAUGAAAGAGAACAUUCCUAUUACGAAGGUCUUCUAUAUACAGCACCAGAACUAAUUGGUGAUCAGAGUAGACAAAGUCAUGGAACUCAAAAGGGAGAUUCUUACUCAUUUGCAAUUGUUUUAUACGAAAUUUAUGGUCGCCGAGGUCCAUUCGGAGAUGUAGAACUCUCUGCCAAGGAGAUUGUCGAUCUCGUCGGAAAUGUUAAUAACUAUUACCUUCCCUAUAGGCCAAAACUAGCAGAUAUAAAUCUUGCGCCAAUCUAUGUAACCGAAUGUAUAAACGAUUGUUGGCAACAAGAACCAAGCGCAAGGCCAGAUUUUAAACAAAUAAAAUCAAGAUUGAAACCCUUACAACAGGGUCUUAAAUCAAAUAUCUUUGAUAAUAUAAUGACAAUUAUGGAAAAAUACGCAACAAAUUUAGAGGAGAUUGUUGACGAGAGAACGGAAUUGCUAAAAGAAGAGAAGAAGAAAACUGAAGAGUUGCUCCAUCAAAUGCUUCCACCUUCCGUUGCCGAACAAUUAAAAAGAGGGAAAAGGGUUGAGGCAGAGACUUUUGAUUCAGUUACAAUUUAUUUUUCUGAUAUUUGCGGUUUUACUGUUUUAUCUUCCCAAAGCAGCCCAAUGCAAAUUGUAGAUCUUCUUAAUGAUUUAUAUACUCUUUUUGACUCAAUUUUAGAAAAUUACGAUGUUUAUAAGGUUGAAACUAUUGGAGAUGCUUAUAUGGUUGUUUCAGGCUUACCUAAGAGAGUCAAUAACUAUAAGCACGUUAGUGAGAUUGCCUCUAUGUCUCUAAGACUCUUAAGUGCAAUUAAAACUUUUAAAGUUAAACAUAGACCAGCCGAUACAAUAAAAUUAAGGAUAGGAUUACACUCUGGACCAGUUGUUGCCGGUGUUGUAGGUCUAAAAAUGCCCAGAUACUGUUUAUUUGGGGAUACCGUCAACACUGCUUCAAGAAUGGAAAGUAGUGGAGAACCUUUAAAAAUUCAUUGCUCAGAAACUUGCCACGAACUUUUAAAAAUUGUUGGCGGUUUCCGUUGCGAAGAACGAGGUAUGAUCAACGUUAAGGGAAAGGGAGAUAUGACAACAUAUUGGUUGAAAGACGAAGAUGACGAAUCGAAGCAGAGACGCCUUGUUGAAGAAGAGGAUAGACGUGCUAAAAAACUCAAAUCUUCCAUUAGAAAUUCAAGAAAAACACCAAGAUCUCCCUACAAGAGAUCACCGUCGCCUCCAUUAAGUGACGACGAACAAUGUGGUAAAUACUUAAACGUCCUAGAUGAAUAUAAACCAAUAAAUAAAGCUCUGGAAACUGAAGUUCUAUUGAAGAAUGAUUCAAAACAAGUGAGCGUUAAAAUUAUUGGUGAAACCAAACUUUAA